AUGGCCCCAGAACUUCUACUAGAAACAAACCUGGUCCCCACUGGCCACCAGCUGGAGAAUGUGUCAGACAAUAUUGAUACUGUGAACGAGCUCAAAGCCUCACUCAAGCAAACCGAUGGUCCAUCACAGCAAUUCGGCGACAACAAAGACAAAUCCAAAUUCCGUCAAUAUGAAGAGGCCUGCGAUCGGGUGAAGUCCUUUUACGAAGAGCAACAUACCAAGCAGACUGUCGCCUAUAACAUCCAAGCACGACACGAUUUUCAUUCCAAAAUAAGGGCCGAGAUGAGUGUAUGGGACGCGAUUGUCAAAUUGGACACAUUGAUCGAUGAGUCCGACCCGGAUACGUCACUGUCCCAGAUACAUCACCUUUUCCAAUCUGCAGAGGCCAUCCGCCGAGAUGGAAAGCCAAGAUGGAUGCAGCUUGUCGGUUUGAUACACGAUCUCGGCAAGCUCCUCCACUUCUUCGGCGCUAAAGGCCAGUGGGAUAUCGUUGGCGACACAUUCCCAGUCGGCUGUGCAUUCGACGAAACAAUCAUCUAUCCGGAUACCUUCGUCAACAACCCGGACUACAAGCAUGAUGUGUACAGCACCAAAUACGGUAUAUACAAGCCAAAUUGUGGACUCGAUAAAGUUAUGUUAUCCUGGGGUCAUGACGAAUACCUCUACACGGUGGUCAAGUCCCAGUCCACGCUACCGGAGGAGGGACUUGCCAUGAUUCGGUACCAUUCAUUUUACCCGUGGCAUACGGCUGGUGCCUAUCGACACCUGAUGAACGGCCGAGAUUAUGAGAUGUUAGAGGCUGUAAAGGCCUUUAACCCUUAUGAUCUUUACAGCAAAUCAGAUGAAGUGCCUGACGUCGAAAAGCUAAAGCCUUACUACCUCGGACUUAUCGAUGAAUUUUUCCCUCAGAAAAUUAUUAGGUGGUGA